GGGGCGUCUGGCAGCUGAGCCUUUUCAGUGUCCCAAGUGUGGCUCGGUGAUCUGGUCCAUUUCUGACAAGAUCCCAGAAGCUAGACAGGGCCUGUGGAGGCAGUGAGAGAAAGUUUUGCCUUAAAUAGAUGUACUCUAUUUGGGAGUUUGGGAUCUGCUAACCUGGAGACUCCUGUAAGUGCACAUCUGAGUACUUGCUCAUGAGCUGCAAAGUCCUUGCCAGGAGAAGAUUAGAGGUUGCUCAACUAAUUACCCAACCAGUUUAUUUGUAUAGGACAGGAGAAUGUGGUUCACCUCUUCAAAAUAGCCUCGGGUGAACUCUAGUAAGUCUGUGUCUUGACAUAGAAACUCCAGUACAUGCUGGAAGUCUGACCCUGACAACCUCUUGCCAAUCCUUCAGCUGAGAGCUCUAGCCAGGCUUGCUUUCCCCCUCCAGUGAGGUCAGAUGUACCCCAGCUACCUGGAGCUUGUUGUCCAUAUCUGGAAAGCUAACAUAUUUGGCAUUUCCUUUCUAUAGCUUCCUUCUUUUAAAAUAUGAACCAAAGAAAGCAUUACUAAUGACAUUCAACCCCCUCCCCCCCUUAAAACUGGCAAAGCCAAGUACCACAGAGCUAGAAAUUGCCAGAAAUGAUUUGCCUGGGCAACCUAACUUCAGCUGUCUUGUGUAUAUGAUUACUUCCUGCAUUUUGCCCUGGAUUGCCACCUCUUCAGCACCCAGACUAGACCUUGGCUGGAGAGAGCAAAAAGCUGGUCAGCUAGGCUGCAUCCUUUCUUAGCAGGUCUGGGAAACUCCUAUGCAAUUGGUGAAGCAAGGGAUUGCAGAAAGAAAGGAGGGUCUCCUGGUAGACAGUUGAUGCCUCCCUGGAGAGCUGGGUCUGUGUCUACCCCUGCCUCGAAGUUACUCUGUAAGUUGGUAAGCCACAUAAGCAAGAGCUUUCACAGGAGCAACCAUGUCUUCCUCAUUUGCCAGAGCUGCUUUACAGAAGUGCUAAAAGUUUGCAGCUGCAGUCACAGACAUGAGGAUCUGGGGUUUGAUUAAAUUAAGUGUUAUAUAGGGCCAAAACCACUGAAAAAUUUAGAUCCUGGUUGUUUCAAAACAUGUUCAAAACAAAAUGAAGUACUUACAACCUGAAUCUCUCUUUGUCUCUUCUUUUGCACCUGUUAAAUAGGGAUAACUCCACCCCCAACCCUGAACCUGAAAAGGUGGCUGAGAAGAUAGAUUAAUUAAUAACCCUGAAGAACUCACUCAGCACUGAAGCAAUGAGCACUAGAAAGAAUCCAUGAAGAAAUGGAAAAGCAGGAUGUUGGAGCAGUCUCUGACUGCAGGACAGCAACGAAGUUUCCGGCCACGUGACUUUCAGCUUACAUCCCCGAGGUUCUGAGAAACCACAGGAGGUUGAGACCUAAAGGGAAGGUGCAGAGCCUCCGAGAGGAGAGGCAGCGAAAGUGUUGGAGUGUUGGGCAGGAGGACAGUGUGCUUCUGGGACGGGUGAGAGCAGGGAAGCCAAGGACUAUCUCAGAGGUGACAGAGGAGGGUGGGAAGAGGCAGAGAAGCAAGACAGAAGGCAGGCACACCAAGAGGACAAAGGAAGCUGAAGAGACCCUGGGAGCCACAGCCAGGAGCCAUGCCCCACAGCUCCGACAGCAGUGAUUCCAGCAGCUUCAGCCAGUCUCCCCCUCCCAGCAAGCAGGACUCUUCUGAUGACGUGAGAAAAGUCCAAAGGAGGGAGAAGAAUCGUAUUGCUGCCCAGAAGAGCCGCCUGAGGCAGACUCAGAAAGCAGACACACUGCACUUGGAGAGUGAAGACUUGGAAAGGCAGAACGCUGCCCUGCGCCGGGAGAUCAAGCAGCUGACAGAGGAGAUGAAGCACUUCACCUCGAUGCUGAGUUCCCAUGAACCACUCUGCUCCAUCCUGACAUCCCCUCCACCGCCUCCAGAAGUGCUUUACGCCACACACUCCUUUCACCAGCCCCACAUUAGCUCCCCACGCUUCCAGCACUGAGCUGGAAGUAGGAUGACAGCCUGCCAGCUCCACUGAUGGCAAGAAGUAACUUCGUGGGGCUCACUUUUCCAUCCAAGGGAAGGAAUUGGACAAGUGGACAUUCCUUCUUAAAGUGUGUACUCUGAGUGACUUGCCUAAGACUUACUUCCUGUGCAGAAAUGGCGGAGCCACCACAAAGCAUCUUGGGACAGUUUCCAGCUUGGAUCCUGAGAAGAGGAGGCAGUCACAAAAGGGCACCAACUCCCUUCUGUGGUGCUUGUUUGGGCACACUCACAAGAGCGUGCAGCACCGACAGCCUCCAUAAGAGUGGCUGGAUGUGACAUGCAACAGCCGGAGCUACAGGAAGAGGAAUGGGAGCAGGGGUGGAGGAGGUUGGGGGCCACAGAGU